UGUCGUGACACGUGUCACUCAUCCAAACCCCUCUCUCUGUCUUCCAGCGAAACACAAAACCCCCAAGAACAGAAAACUCAAAGAGCUUCAUUUCAUCACUUCACUUGUCGCAUGGAUGGUGAGAGCAGCAAAAGGGCAUGCGUUAAAGUCGGGAACGACGUCGUUGGAGGGAGGUGGGAUGAGUUAAACCCGGAGAUAUUAGCUUCGAUAUUCGUAAGGAUUGUUCCGGCGGAGGUGAUGGUUAGGACGGUGGCAUUAGUUUGCCGGAGUUGGAUGGAGGCGGUGGCAGGGCCGUACUGCUGGGCGGAGAUUGACUUGGAAAACUGGUGCCGGAAAUGCUGCAUUGCUAACAAAUUCCACCUCAUUGACCCUCUCGUACGGAAAAUUGUUCGCCGGAGCAGAUUCACUUUCCGGCGACUCUCCACUUACCGUCUCGGCAAUGUUGGAUUCUCCUACGCUGCUAACUGUGGAAGAUGUCUCAAGAUACUGCAAAUCCCUAUGAGUGAAGUCACUGACCAGGUGGUGGAAAAGCAUGCAGGGUCCUUGGUCAAUCUAACCUUCUUAGACAUUAGCUACUGUGUAAAUAUCACAGCAAAGGGUCUCAAAGCUUUUGGAUUACAAUGCAAGUCCUUGACUCAUCUCAGAAGAAACAUGCCUCCGUGGGAUCUGCCCACUAAAUUUGAAGCUUCCGGUGUCAAUGAUCACGAGGCGUUGAUUAUAGCAGAAACCAUGAGUGGUCUCCAGCGCCUUGACCUCGCAUUCAACCGAUUGAGUGACAAUGGCCUUGACGCUAUUCUCACCCAGUGUAAAGUGCUAAUGCACCUUGAAAUCCAAGGGUGUUGGAAUGUGGAGCUGAAGGGUAAUCUUGAGGAAAGAUGUGAAAAACUUGUAGAUUUCUGGAGCCCUUGGAUCCAUGAAUAUGAGGAUGGGCAUGCUGAAUCUUCUGAUAUUGGAAGUAGAGAAGAUGAAUGUGAUGAAGAAUCAAUCUACUCAGAAUCACCCUCUUCAUCAGAUUUGGAUUAGAUGGUUGCAUUUCACUUUUCUUUUUAGUAUAAUUGUGCUAAUCUUUUGGAUGUGUAUUAAUGCAUAUCACCAUGUACUAACAUUCCGAAAUGGCUUUUGGUUUGUUUUUGAGACAUGUUAUGGGUAAGAGUUGUGAACAAGAUACAUAGAAAGUGAUGGCAAUUGAUGCUAGUACUGGUGGUGAAAGUACAUUAUUAGUAUCUUGAAGCUUUUGUAUGUUUAAUGAGAUCUAUGUAUGCUGCUUUAACAUGUUACUUAACUAUGAAUUUAUGGCUUCUUUAUAAUCU